AGAAAAUUAAUACAUCAAUCAUAAUCAAAAGAUAUUAACGCACGCUCGAAUCCGUGUUUAAACGCUAAUUUUCAUUUCAACGCUGUGCGAAACUAGAAUUGGUAAAAACAGAGAUACAACAUCUUAGACGGCUUCCUGUCCUUUUCUCCGGGCAUAUAAUUAAAUUGAUAGAAGCUGACACCGGAUAAGCCCAAUACCCAAACAAUUGUUCGCCUUUACCAAUAGAUGAAGAGCGGUGUAUUUCUAAUUCAACGAUUUUUUAGGCAUUUUUUGCGUUGUAACUGGCUAUCCAUUUGAUACGGUCAAAGUUCGACAACAGAACUUUUCAACAUCUUUUUGGGUAGCUGUAAGGGAAACGUUCAAAUAUGAAGGUUCCCUGGGUUUUUUCAAAGGCAUGUCCUCACCUCUAAUUGCAUAUGGACCAAGCAAUUCCUUAUUUUUUGGAGGCACUGGACUUUUUAUGAAAUUGCUGAGUGGUGCGGAUCAAGCAGAUCUAAACUACAACCAACAGCGCACAAAGUUCUUGUGGAACAUAUUCGUAUCGGGAUGCUUUGGAGGGUUUUUGCAAGUCACAUUAAUGUGUCCAGUGGAAUUAGUAAAAAUUGCUUUGCAAACUAGCACAGAAGACAAAAGCCCCUGGGUGCACAAUGCAAACGCUUUAAAGUUUGAAGGUUCCAUUCACACGUUCAAGACAAUUUUUGCUCUUAAAGGACUUCGAGGGCUGUACAAAGGAUUCGUUCCUAUGCUCAUAAGAGACGUCCCUACUGGUGGAAUUUACUUUGUGGUGUAUGAGGGUUUAUUGCCGAAAAAUAGAGAAGAUGUUCAAUGGUAUCACAAAAUCUGGGCCGGAGGAUGGGCAGGAAUUGCUUCUAUAUCAACAGUCUUACCAGUAGACGUAGUGAAAACUCGAAUGCAAGCUGACGAUCUCCUUUAUCCAAAUUACCAUAACAUGACAGACUGUAUCCAGAAACUUUACAGAGAAGAAGGAAUCAAGUUUUUCUGGAAAGGAUUGCCCGUCAUUACGGCAAGAGCGUUUCCUGCACACGCCAUGCUAUUCAUAGGAUAUGAUAUGACUAUGAUUUUCCUAGGUAGUAGAAGAUAAAUUGAAUGUAGAUUUCCGUAAUUUUAAAUAUUUUCAUAUGGAACCCCAAAACUUUGGCUCCGUUUCAAGUGUUUAAUAUAUUUCUUACAUUGGA